AUCGGAGCGUCUUCGUUAUACGUCGUCAGUCGUCACUCGUCAGCUACUCUCGUCACCACUGCCCUACGAUUGCCUCGUCAGUAUUAUUGUAUAGUGGUAAUAGUAGUACGGCACAUCUGUCGCUCGAAUCCGAUAGGUGUCGCGGGGCAAUACGUUCCUCGCCGGCUCACUGCUACUCGACCGGCAGCCCCCUUCCCUUUCCCCGUCAUUGAUGUUAUAAACAAAUAACAACAUUACAUCGUACGGAAUCGUAGUCCACCGGCAGUCCCGUUGUUGCAUUCUGUGCGUGUGCUUGUGUCCGUCGUGUCUAUCUCGUCGUCUGCUGUUUUACGCGCACCGUCGUCUCCACGUCCCCUGAAAAGACUCGUCGUUCGUCGUCGUUUAAAAUAAACAGUACCCAGACGCAAUCGAUUGAUAUUCAGUCAUGAACGGAUUCAAUAAUCAUGAAAUAAACGAAGGAGGUCAUAAGCUUUCAGUUUCACCAUGCAGUUGUUGGACAAUUGGUUUGGUCAAUGUUGAUUCUAAACGUUAUUUAACAGCUGAAACAUUUGGGUUCAAAAUCAAUGCUAAUGGUGCAUCGUUAAAAAAAAAACAAUUAUGGACCUUAGAACCAAGCACUAAUAAUUCAUUAUUAAGUGAUGGUCCUACUACUACAAUUCGACUGCGAUCACAUUUAGAUAAAUAUUUAGCAGUAGAUACUUUUGGAAAUGUGACUUGUGAUGGUGAUGAUCCCACUGAUCCAGGAACUGUAUUUCAAGUUUCUGUAACUGAUGGGAACUCUGGUAGCUGGGCAUUGAAAAAUGUUGUACGAGGUUACUACUUAGGUGCUUCCUCAGAUAAUCUUAAAUGCACCGCGAAAGCAGCAGGAUCCAGUGAACUCUGGCUCGUUCAUUUAGCUGCAAGGCCUCAAGUGAACCUAAGAUCAGUUGGACGAAAACGUUUUGCUCAUUUAUCUGAAAACUUAGAUGAAAUUCAUGUUGAUGCAAAUAUACCUUGGGGUGAAGAUACACUUUUUACCCUUGAACUGCGACCAGAUGACGACUUCAAAUAUGCCAUACACACAUGCAACAAUAAAUAUUUAUCUAGAGAUGGAAAAUUAGUUGAUACGUGUACAUCCAAUUGUUUAUUUUCGCUCGAAUAUCACUCAGCUGGGUCUUUAGCUUUGAGAGACAAGGUUGGUGGUUAUUUAUCUCCAAUUGGUUCUAAAGCACUUCUUAAAACACGAUCACAGACCGUUACUAAGGAUGAAUUGUUUACUCUUGAAGAUUCUUUACCACAAGCAAGCUUUAUUGCUGCUCUCAAUUCAAAAUAUGUAUCAGUUAAACAAGGGGUGGACGUGACAGCUAACCAAGACGAAAUAUCUGACCACGAGACUUUCCAACUGGAAUUCGAUCCUUCCACUAAAAGAUGGUAUAUACGCACAAUGCAGGACAGGUAUUGGACUCUCGAAACCGGAGGUGGAAUACAAGCUGUUGCCGAUAAAAAAUCGUCGAAUGCUUUAUUCGAGUUGGCAUGGCAAGGAGAUGGGUCGGUUUGCUUCCGAGCAAACAAUGGUAAAUAUGUCUCUACAAAGCGGUCUGGUCAUUUGUACGCAAAUGUUGAUGGAAUUGAUGACGCUUGCAAAUAUUUCUUUUACCUCAUAAACAGACCAAUAUUGGUAUUAAAAUGUGACCAAGGAUUUGUUGGAUACAAAUCAUCAUCAAGUUUACGCCUUGAAUGUAACAAGGCAUCAUAUGAAACUAUACAAGUUGAACGGUCAGAUAAAGGAAUUGUAUUUUUUAAAGGACAAACUAACAAGUAUUGGCAUGCACAUGAUGAAGGCGUUUCUGUGGAAUCUGAUGUACCUGAAGGAUUUUUUAUUGAAUUAAGAGAACCUACAAGAAUAUGCAUUAAAAGUGUUACGGGUUAUUAUCUUUCUGCUGGUAAAAAUGGGAUGUUUAAACUUGGUGAUGGAGAUUAUAACAAUGCUACAAAAUGGGAGUAUUAAUGAACAUAAUAUAAUAUUAUAUUAUAAUUUCUUUGAACACGUGUGCACUUCUGAAUGGGAAAAUAAAACUAAAAUAAAAAUUAGUAGCUGUGCUUAUAAUAAAUAUUAUGGGAUUUUUUAAAUAAACAUAUAUAAUUAUUUAUUUAAAUAACACUUAAUUAAAAUGUGUUUAAUCAAAUAGCUUUAUGAUAUAUACAUACCUAUACUCAAGUUUUAUACUCAAGUUUAUUUUAUUAUUUAUAAAUAAUUAUAAAUUCCAGACAAAUCUAAAUUAAACUUAUAAAAAUUAUUAAUUAUUAUAAUACAAAAUAUACAUAAAUAGAAUUUGAAUAAACAAUUAAAAUAUUAAAAUAAUAAUUGAUAACAUGUAGGUAAUUGUUUAAAUUUAAGUUAAAGUAUCAUACCUUUUAUUCUAAUAAUAUUUUCACUCUAAUUUUCGUAUAUUAUUAUUAUAUUUUGUAAGGAUACACAGAAAUAUGUGAUAAUCAUAGUUUGUGGUCAUUGUACAUAUGUUUGAAAAGAAAACAAGCAUAUGUAUUUAAAACACUUAAAUAAUAAAAUUCCAUAUUUUUAUGACUGGGCUUUAAUUUACUUAAAAUAUAUAUAUUAAUAGGACGAAUCAAUAAAAUAUUUAAUAUAUAUAUAUAUUUGUAUCGUUAUUAAAAUUAAAGUAAUACGGAUGUAUACAAAUAAAAUUGAAUAAAAUCAGGUAUCUUAAACAGAUUUAUAUUGCUCAAUAUUGGUAUAAUUUUGUUUAAAACAAAUUGUAAACAAAUAUAUUUAUAAAUAACAACAUUUUUUACUAUACAUUUUACACUUUUUGUAUAAGAUAAUAUUAUAAUUAAUAAUUAUACUUAAGUCAUAUUAUAUUAUAUUAUGUAUUAGUCACAUAAUAAUAUUGAAUUUAUAAUAUGCUCUCAAUAUUUUAAUUUAAAAAAAAAAAAAACAACCCAUUAUUUUCCUAUUGUGUUUAGUUUUUAAUGUUAUUUUAUAAAAAAACAUAAUAUAGAAUUAUUUUUUAUGUGAAUAAUGAAGAUAUUUACAAUUUUUUAAAUAAAUAAUUACUAAUACUUUUUUUUAAAUCAAAAAUGAAAUGUGCAAUACCGGAUAUGUAAAAAAAAAAAAAAUAAGUCAUAUAAUAAUAGGUUAUAAAAACAACUAGUUUUAUAUAAGCAAUGUUGCUUACAUUAUAUAUGUACCCAAACUGCCGAAGUACGUUUUGUAGUUAAAUAUUUAAUGCUCUUAUUCUCUUAGCCUCUGUAUGAGUAAUUGUCCUAGAAUUCAGUAUAUAAUUUAUUUACAUUGGUUACUAGUCUUCCAAAGAAAUAGAAUACUCAUUUAACCUAAUAUUUAUUAACUUUUAUACAUUUUUUUAAGCAUUUAUGGAGACUGUUUGGUAUUUAUUAUAAUAUGUUUUAUGAAACUAUUUUUGUAUUAAAAUUACAUUUGUAAUUUUAUACUUUUAAUUUAAUUUUAUAUUUAUUUUACAAUAUAUAUAUAUAUAUAUAUAUAUAUAUUUUUUUUUUUUUUGUUGAAAAUAUGUAUACUUUAUAUUUAUGAUUAUAAUUUGACUAUACCCCAUAAAUGUGUAUUUAUAUCAAUAUUAGCGCUUGAAAUUUUUUUUAUAUUAAAUAAACAAUUUUUACUUAUACGCUAAAAGAACAAAAUUAUUUUAUGGAAUGAACUUCAUUUCUUAAUUCCAUUAUAUAAAAUCUAUGGUUCAUUCGGCAUUCGUGUAGCAGGUGAUCUACCGCAGAGGGGUGAUCUGCGAAUUCAGGACGAGUGAUCUACGUUUUAAUAGUAUAAAAACACAUUAUAUUUUUUUAUUACGAGUACGUCAUAUUAUACAAAUAUUCGUUAAAUAUAAAAAUAAAAAAUAAUUAGCUAAAUAUAAUAAUAAUUUCAAUUACAGUAAACGUUUUUAAUAUCAUUUAAAAAUUUUAAAAAAGUAUUUUCAACAUUAAUUGAUCUCCACCAUGCUUCAAUCAGAUGUCGAGGUAAAAGUUCCGGUGUAGUGCCAUGCAUUUUUCGAAGUAUUUUCAUUUUCAGAUGUGACCAAACGCAUUCUAUUGUCUGGGUGUUGGCUGCUGUUAGUGGGUCGACAAAGUUUUUAGAAUGGUUUACAGUCAAGUGAUUAUAACCUGUAUUUUGUAAAAUUGUAUAUGGUUUCCAUUCAUCUGACAUUAUUGUUGUUCCUGGGAGUAUUUCUUUUUCAAUAAUUGGAAUAAGUGUAGCUCUAUCUCGAUGUUCAACAACAAAAAAACGUUUUUCAAGAAAACCAUCAUGCCGCCAACACAUUCCAAAAACCCAAGGUCCUUCUACUCGUUUGCCAUAAUUUCUAUUCCUGUUAUUAGGAGGAAUAUUUUCAGAAUCAGAAUCAGAACUAUCGUCGUCCGUCAAAUUUGCACCUCUAUGAUCACCCAGUAGAAUCCUGCCUCUAUUAUAUUUUCUUUUCCCUCGUAGUAAUGACUCGUCAAUUUGAACACAUUCAUUAGGUCCACCCAUAGGUUUCCGAUUUUCAUAAAUAGUACAACACACAUCGCGGCAUAAAUUGUACCAGUCUACCACUGUUUUAUUAGAACGUCCUGUAAGCCGACAAACGUUUACAAUACUCAUGUCUUCUGACCAGUAAAAAACUAACUCUAAAAUUUGUCCCAGCGACAAUUUAGAAUUACAUUUAUUAUUCAAAUCCGUAUAAGUAAAAAAUUUAUUGUCUUGACGCAGAGACUGGAAUGUUUGGCAUCCUUUUUUAACGCAUCUUAAACUUUGGUACUCACGUUGUUCACCAGAAGCCAGUCGUUUUUUUCUGAUCACAAUUUUUGUUUCGGAAUCACAUUUUUUACAAUUUGGCGUUUCACUGUCAUUCGGAAGUAAAUUGUGAAGUUGUAAAAAAUUUACUGUUGAUUUUUCAUCAGCAAUUAUUUUAUAAAAUUCAAACGCACGCAUUAUAGACAAUCUCCGACCAACGAACAAUUUGAAACUAACCUAUCCAGCAACAUUGCUAAUGACUCGUAGUCAUAUUGUAAAUGUCAUUAAUCGUUAUCUCAAUACUGUCCCACUGCGGUCUGCGAUAAUGUGCGAAUAAUAAUAGUAUAAUAUAAUAUAAUAUAAUAAUAGUAUAAUAUAAUAUAAUAUAAUAAUUGUAGAUCACCAAUUACACCUUGUAUACUACGGUAGAUCACCUGAUACACCUAAAAAGAGGUAGUAGAUCACCUGCUACACGAAUGCCGUUCAUUCUUAUAAAUUCUAAUAAUAGUUCUUUAUUUCUAUACAAAUGUUUCAGAAAAAGGUAUAACAGGCACAUCAUUAUUAAUGCCUAUUAAUCUAUUUAAAUAAUGAGAACAUGAAUUUUUUAUUAAUUUUAUACCUAUGAAUAUUGAUUUAUAUAUUUUAAUCAUGAUUUAAGGUGUUAACUUCACCUUAAUUUUGUAACACAAUAAAAGUAUAUAAUUUAAUCAGAGAAUUAAAAAUAAGUCUUUUUUGAAUUGUAAAAUAUAUUAUUGAAAUUUGGUAAUAACUGGGAUUCUGAAACACAUUAAGUAUAAUUUAAAUUAUAAUUAUUUUUUAGUGCACUCUAAUUAACAAUAUGAUUAUAUUUUAAAGUAUUAUAAUUACAUGUUCAACCAUUUUAUUUACCUUCAUGUAGUUCAUUUUGUAGAAAUGUGUGCUGUAUUGUUUUAUUAUAUAUAUAUAUAUAUAUAUAUAUAUAUAUAUAUAUAUAUAUAUAUAUAUUAUAUAUAUAUAUAAUAUAUAUAUAGUUAUAGUCUCUUCAAAUAAAAAUAUUUUGUGCAUAAUAUUCCAAAAACAAUAAUGGUAUAAAUAUUUAGUAUUAUUGUUUCAUUAUAUUUUUUUUUUUAUGUAAAGUGGGUAUAAUAAUGCUUAAUUUUUAUUAUUAUUAUUAUUUUAUUUAUAUAUAUUAAUUAUAAAAAUUAUUAUAAAUUUGGCAAAAUAGAAGUACAUUAUCAACAAA